UAGAGAGAGAAAGUGAAGAUUACUGGUCAUUGUCAUCAACCAAAUUGACAAUGCUCAACCCAACAAUAAAAUUAUAUCACCAAAUUGAGUUAAUUUUUUAAAAAAUUAAGAAGAAUCACAGCCCAAAUCCACCCACUUGAAUGCUACAUUAUUGCCACUUUCUCACUCGCUCUUAUUCUUCGUCAAUCUCUCAAUAAUAUAAUCCAUUUACAUCACCAUAGUCCAACAGAGUCUCUCCUAGUCCAGAGACUCCACAAUCGAAGCGGAGAGAGAUCAACCCACAACCCACAUUCUCUCCCUUCACUCCAUUGGUGUCUUUUUAAGAUCUGGGUUGUUUGUGUUUUGAUCAAUAGAUUGGUCAGACUCAUCAUUUGUGUCUUUUUAAGAUCUGGGUUGUUUGAGUUUUGAUCUGUAUUCAUCUCAAUUUGUUUGAUUUGUGAUAUUGGUGUUGAGAUUGAUCAGACCCAGUUGGGGAAUUGAAGGGGAGAGAGGGAUUUCAAUAUGUACGGUAGAGAUCCGUGGGGUGGGCCGCUGGAGAUAAAUGCGGCGGACUCCGCCACCGACGAUGACCGGAGCAGGAACCUGCAGGACUUCGACAGGGCGGCGCUGUCGCGGCCGUUGGAUGAGACCCAGCAGAGCUGGCUGUUGGGUCCCGGAGAGCAGAAGAAGAAGAAGUAUGUGGAUCUGGGUUGCCUCAUUGUGAGUCGUAAGCUCUUCGUGUGGACGGUGGGGACGAUCCUCGCCGCCGGGCUCUUGGCCGGGCUGAUCACUCUUAUCGUCAAGACGGUGCCCCGCCACCACCGUGGACAUCCUCCGCCGGAUAAUUACACGCUGGCUCUCCACAAGGCCCUCAUGUUCUUCAAUGGCCAGCGCUCCGGAAAACUCCCCAAGCACAAUAAUGUUUCAUGGAGGGGAAACUCGUGUGUGAAUGAUGGCAAGUCUGAUUCCUGGACUUUAAGUAAGGAUCUGGCGGGUGGCUAUUAUGAUGCUGGAGACGCGAUCAAAUUCAACUUUCCUGCAUCUUUUGCCAUGACUAUGUUAAGUUGGAGUGUAAUCGAAUACCCUGCAAAAUACGAAGCUGCUGGAGAGCUCACCCAUGUUAAAGAACUAAUUAAAUGGGGGACUGACUACUUUCUCAAGACAUUCAAUUCUUCUGCUGAUAUCAUUGAUCGGGUUGCUGCACAGGUGGGAGUAGGGGAUACUUCAGGCGGACCAACUCCUAAUGAUCAUUAUUGCUGGAUGCGUCCAGAGGACAUUGAUUACCCACGUCCCGUAUCUGUAUGUCACAGUUGCUCUGACCUCGCUGCAGAGAUGGCCGCUGCUUUAGCUGCUGCGUCUAUUGUUUUUAAAGAUAAUAAGGCCUACUCACAAAAACUUGUACAUGGUGCUACAACCCUCUUCAGGUUUGCCAGGGCUCAGCGAGGCAGAUACAGUGCAGGUAGUGCUGAAGCUGCAAUUUUCUACAAUUCUACUAGUUACUGGGAUGAGUUUGUGUGGGGUGGAGCUUGGAUGUAUUAUGCUACUGGGAAUUCUUCCUAUCUUAACCUUGCCACUGCUCCCGGUCUUGCUAAACAUGCUGGUGCCUUCUGGGGAGGCCCGGAUUAUGGUGUAUUUAGCUGGGACAACAAGCUUGCUGGAGCUCAAGUGCUUCUUAGCCGUUUGAGAUUGUUCUUGAGCCCUGGGUAUCCUUAUGAAGAAAUUUUAAGAACAUUUCACAAUCAGACCAGCAUUGUCAUGUGCUCAUACCUACCAAUUUUUACAACCUUUAAUAGAACAAAGGGAGGUUUGAUACAGUUAAAUCACGGAAGGCCUCAGCCUCUUCAAUAUGUAGCCAAUUCUGCCUUCUUGGCUGCCCUGUUCAGUGAUUAUCUCGAUGCUGCAGAUACACCUGGAUGGUACUGUGGACCUAAUUUUUACUCAACAGAUGUGCUGCGCAAAUAUGCCGAGACGCAGAUUGAUUACAUCCUCGGCAAAAAUCCUCGAGGGAUGAGUUAUGUUGUGGGAUUUGGUAAUCGCUAUCCAAAACAUGUCCACCAUAGAGGUGCGUCAAUCCCCAAGAACAACAACAAGUACAACUGUAAAGGAGGAUGGAAAUGGAGGGACACCACCAAGCCAAAUCCAAAUACAAUCGUUGGAGCUAUGGUUGCUGGCCCUGACAAGCACGACGGUUUCCAUGAUGUGCGUACUAACUACAAUUACACGGAGCCAACGCUUGCAGGCAAUGCCGGUUUAGUUGCAGCCCUCGUGGCACUGUCAGGUGACAAGUCUACUGGCAUUGACAAGAACACGAUAUUCUCUGCAGUUCCGCCAAUGUUUCCAACUCCACCACCGCCUCCAGCACCUUGGAAACCAUAAGACGCCGAGGCUGCCGUCAACAUUGUCUCCGAAGUUUUUCUUGAGACUCAUAUGGGGUACACGAUUUUACUGCAUUAAUUAAUUGUUUUUGGACUUCACAUACUGAGAGCAAAAGUAUUACAAAGAUGUGAAACUAUGGUGGCAUAAGCACUGUGAAGAUAGCUGGGAUAAGCUGGCUAGGGUUGGGAACUUGGACUACCCUGAAGAAGUAUAUUUGGGUUUUGGUCAGUCUUUUUAUUUGUAAUUUGUGAUACACAUUGUAUGUAUGAAAAUCAUCCAUGUUUUUUUUUUUUUUGAUAUAUUAGAUUUUAAACAGUUGGAGUUUGGUUAAUAAAAUUUUCAUGUCAUUGUCUAA